CUAUGGGCGAUGUGUAUUGGCACCGGAGACGCUGUGUACACUGACGAUAGCCAAUCCACGGAGUCAUGGAGAUGGUGCAAACCAUACGGCACACACAGGAGGUCCACGGUCGUCCGCGGAGCCGUCAAUAAGUAUCGUCUCCUCGUGACGGAAGUCGCAGAUAAAGAAAAGAUAGUCCUCUACGAGGCUGACAUUGCAACGGAGCUUCUAGGUGGGCUCAAGAAUCCGAAGGAGGCAGAUCGUCCAAUGAAUUGGCCCAUUGUUAGACGCAAAAAGAUACCAUACCAGCCUUACAAUACCUUCCCUGAAAGGAUUACGGCUGAGCUCCAGACGCCUGGAUUCUCGCCACUUGAUAGAACCAGUUCGAUACCCGACAGUUCGGUCCCAGACAUGGAUGGUAAGACUCGAAGAGGUCAGAAACGGCCGCACGAUGCAGAGGAGGAUACACCAUGCAAGCAGACACGGAUCUCCGACACGUCAUAG